AUGUUGCGCCACUCCAUCUCCAAAGUUUCCAAGACCUCCACGACUGCACUCUCCAAGAACACAACCACUGCAUCUUCCAUGAGAAUGUACAGUGAGUUGAAGGGAACCAAGACUCAUAAUAACUUGAAGGAAGCUUUUGCUGGUGAGUCCCAAGCAAACAGAAGAUAUCUUUUCUUUGCUGAUAGAGCUGAUGUUGAAGGACAUAGUGAUAUUGCUAGUUUGUUCAGAUCAACUGCUGAUGGUGAAACUGCUCACGCUUUUGGACAUCUUGAAUUUUUGGAAGAAGUCGGAGAUCCAGCCACAGGAGAACCAAUCGGCGAUACUGAAAGCAACUUGAUCUCAGCUAUUGCUGGAGAGACCCACGAAUAUACUUCAAUGUAUCCUGGAUUUGCAAAGACUGCUAGAAAUGAAGGCUUCGAUGAUGUUGCUGAAUGGUUUGAGACUCUUGCUAAGGCUGAAAAGUCACAUGCCAACAAGUUUGCUAACGCCCUCAAUAAUCUCAGAAACAGCCAAUAA